UGUCUCUUCUUCUUGUCACAUUUGAGUUUGAUAGAGCGUCUCUAGCUAUAACUUUUAGUUCCAAGUUAACUAUGAGUUCAUGGACAACCGCAGGCGGCUGUUCUUGCCGUAUAGUGCCUUUAUUUUGAUUAGUAUUAUGGCUUGUUACGAUUAGUCCUUGUGCAGACAUGCUUGGUGCUAAAUAAAUUAUGCAUACUUGCGAUAAGAUUGAUGAAUAAGGUACCUAAGGUGAAGCCUAGUGGUUAAUGAAGUUAGUGUAAACCUUGGCGACCAGGGUUCAAAUCCCUAUCAGAGAUUCCCAUUUGUCUAAGCCUAAGCCUUGGUGGGUAGAGUUGCUCGAUACCUGUGCUUGGUGAGAGGUAGCAGGUCUAGAAGAAAAACAAUGCUGGGGCAAGAUCAACCGUACCUAUCAGAAUAUUGAGUAACUGUGAUCAACUUUCCUCAAAUUCAAGUUGACAUUUUAAAGUUAAGGGAGGAUUUGAUCAAUAUUUGGUGUGCAAGCUCAAGAUGUAGAUCGAAGGCCCAAGAGCUUUACCGAAAAUUCUGAACAUUUAGUGACUGCCCCAGUUGAUUCUAUUGGCUAUGAUAUUUACUCCAGAUGAAAAUAUUCUCUUUUCUUUAGUUGUAACUUGUAACAGGCCAUCGAACUGUCUAAGUAACUUGCUAAGCUUUAGGCUAAGUGCUAUAUGGACGUAUUGGUGCACUAUAUCAAGAGACUGGAGAUCUUAGUGCACUGUCUCAAUUAGAAAUGAUAAUAUGAAGAAUGUACCUUGUCUAGUUACUCGGAGGAAGGUGUAUGAGCAGUCAUUUUUCAGUUUAAAGAGGAUUAAGAUACUAACUGUUUUGAGCAUCUGCAUUGUAAUACAAUACGUCUUUGAGUACUUUUUUUCCUCCUAUCCUCUAUUUUCUGCUAAUCUUUUCAAAAUGUUUGCAUUUUUUUCAGUAUCCAAAUUUUCCAGUGCUUCAAAGCUGCUCACCUCUUGCAAGUUGCAGGAGGUUCUGUUUCUACUCAAUUUUUUCUUUUUCAAAUUUCUGCGUGGAGUUCUUCAAACUUGUUCAUGAAACAUUGCAGUGCAGCCUGUUCAAACAGAACACAAGCACUUAUAACAUAAAAAUCCAUAGUGAUCUUAAGUUCUGUAUGGAGGUACAGAGAAACGAGCACAUAUAUUGAGUUGAAGUCGGGGAAAGGGCUUGUUUUUGAAAGGUAGAUACACAUUGUAUCUUAUUGUUGCGAGACUUGACUUCCCCACACCUUUCUGUACUUGCUAAAUUCACAGAAGCAACCCUUAAAAGAAAAACAAAGGCAGUAAAUUUGUAUAGAACCUUCGUUCUCCUAUACUUGCAUCUAAACGGUCCAAAAAGGCUAAAAGCAUAUGCAAUCCUUUGGAAAUUGAUGCAAUAGGAGGUGAUGUAUUUGACACCUCUUCGUGGUUCAAGGAUGGAGGAAAAUAGACGCUUUCAUUUGUACAUUGACAGAGGCUACAAGGAUGUCAUGAUUGAAUCAGACUCCCAAAUUCUGAUUAAUGCUAUAAACGGACAGUCAUUUAUUCCUUGGCAAAUCAACCAACUGGUUAAGCAGAUUGUACACCUCAAGAAUAUAGGCAAUUAUAGCUUCAGUGACUACUAUAGAGAGGCUAAUGGGCCAGCUGAUUUACUUGCCAAUUGGGGCUUGUAUGAGAAAACCUCUACUUUCUUCACUGAUGCUAAUGCCUUACCUUGAUUAAAGCCUCAAUGAAGACAGACAGAGAGCACUAACCUCUUAAACACAGGGUAUGGUCUAAUUUAUCCUUUUUGUUUUGUCUUAUAAGGCACCCCGGUACGCUUUUUGCAUGAGGGAAUGCUCCAAACUAGUAGUUGCUCAGAAUAAGGACAUAUUAGUUGCCCAAUCCUUCAUGUAUUUACCUCUGAUUCUGAAUUCUAAUAAAAAGGCUGAGGUCCAGCCUAAACCUCUCACGACAAUAAUGAUCUUUUGACUAAAAAAUAGAAAAGAAAAAAACUUCAAUAAUAUUUAUGAUGAAUCUUCCCGAUAAAUAAUUAAGCAUUAUGGUUGGAAUGCCAAAUCUCUAUGAAAUACAACUUUUUUGGACAUUUUCUAGCAACAAUAGUUCUUUUGUUCGUUUCACCUUCUAUAAACUGUGUUUGACAAAUUAGUUUGUCACAAGCAUGUCAUAAAUGGUUUUGGUCACGUUCUAAUCCGUUUUGGUAAAGUUAAAGAAAUACAAACAUUACUAGUAACUAAUCUAUACAAAGUCUCUUGAGAAUAGCGAUGUCUCAAAUAAUUAGACGUGGUAUUUGAGAGGAGGAAGAAGCUAAAAAUUUCCCCAGUAAAACCAAGAAAACUACGACUUUGCCAUUCCCUCCAAAAACCCUCCAUUGAUCUCAGUCCUAGGGUUUUAGGAAAAUCCAAAAUAAAUCAAUGGCAUCAUCAACUCGGAUCUUCGGUAACUGCUGUCGAGCUCUUUGUGCAGCUGCUAAGACUUCCGCAUCCACAACCACAACUACAGCUACGGUGACGAAAAGCAGAGGUCGGCCCAAUGGAAUACUGAAGCCGCAACCAGUAUCCCCUGCUCUCAGAAAGUUCUUAGGUACUUCUGAAGCCUCCCGCACUGAUGCUGUCAAAAAAGUUUGGGAAUACAUUAAAACCCAUAAUCUUCAGAGCAUGGUAAUAGAUACUUUUACUCAAAACCUUUUUUUCUCCUCUCUUGAUGAUGGUGGUGUUAGGGCCAACUUACCUUCUCCCUCUUACCAACACAGAAUCCUGCAAACAAGAGAGAGAUACAUUGUGACGAAAAGUUGAAGACGAUAUUUGAUGGCAAGGACAAAGUUGGUUUUCUAGAG